UAUAAUGUAAAUUAUUCACAUGUAUAUUAUUGUCUAACAGACAGUGAUACAAUAUAAUAAUUCUUUAGAAACCUAUAAAUGGAGCCUAUUAUUAUUGUCCAUGGUGGUGCUGGGGAUAUUCCGCUAAGUCGUGUUCAAGGGAAAUUAAAUGGAGUUAAAGCUUCUGCAGCUGUUGGUCAAAAAAUAUUAGCACAAGGAGGCACUGCCUUAGAUGCUGUAGAAGCAGCAGUUGUACUCAUGGAAAAAGAUGAAUAUUUCAAUGCUGGCUAUGGAUCUGUAUUAAAUUUAAAAGGCCAAGUCGAGAUGGAAGCUAGUAUUAUGUGUGGGAACAAUCUUGAUGUUGGAGCAGUUACUCUUAUUAAAGAUUUUCUUCAUCCAAUAAGUAUUGCUCACAAAGUUCUCACAAAUUCCCCUCAUUCGUUGCUGGGUGGUGAAGGAGCUAAAAUGUUUGCCUUGGAAAUGGGAUUCUCUACAGUACCUCCUGAAUCUUUAAUAAGUGAAAAUGCAAAAAGUGCUUUAGCUGAAUUUUUAAAGCAUGGUGAAUUUGGUAGAACUGAAAUAGGACUAAGAGAUGAGGGUGGUGUUGGUACAGUGGGCGCUGUUGCAAUAGAUUGUAAUGGUCAUAUAGCUGUGGCUACUAGUACAGGUGGAAUGAGUGGAAAAGCUGUUGGUCGUAUUGGUGACACCCCCCAAAUUGGUAGUGGUACUUAUGCUGAUGAUAAUAUUGGAGGAGUUUCUACAACAGGCCAUGGGGAAUCUAUUCUUAAAUACUGUUUAGCACACAGUAUAAUCAAGCUAAUGCAAAGUGGAAAUGUUGCAAAUACAGCAACUAAAUUAGCUAUCAAUGGUAUGACUGAACGGCUAAAAAAUACAGCAGGUGCAAUAACUUUAUCUAAGAGUGGUGAUGUUGGAAUAAAUUUUAGCUCAAAGAGAAUGGCUUGGGCUUAUAUUAGAUCAAACAAAAUAUAUUUUGGAAUAGAAAAAGAUGAAAUCCUUGAAGAGGAUUAUGUGUCUAUAUAAGCAUUUCUUUAAAUGUCAUGUAAAAAUAAAGGAAUUUUAUCCUUU